AUGUCCGGCGGUGGGUGCAGCAUCCGCGCAAUCUGGAUCCUCACGCCAAACGACGCGGUUGCCUUCUCCAGGCGGUUUGCAGUGGUGGAGAAGCGGUGGCGGGUCGCGUGGGAGGCGGAGGGGGCGGGGAAGGGCGCGGAGAUGCCGCUGCCGGCGGACUACGAGGUCGCCGCCGCGUUUGCCAACCGCCGGAGAAGGGAAGGCACGGCCCGUGGCUCUGGUAUCCGCACAAGCUUAUCAUCUGUUGGAUCGGAUUCCUGGGUCGAUGAUCCAAUCACUCGUCACAUUAUAUCCCUUCAGAUUGACAAAGAGGAAGGGGGUGGGUUUAUGCUGUGGCCAGUAGUUCUUCAGAAACGUGGAAGCUAUUAUGUCCUUGUGCUGCCUCUGGUGGAUCCUCAGUUAUUUAAUGCGUUUGAGAGCCUACUGAAAAGACCUGAUUGCGGGAGUUCAGCAAAAGAGAAUGGCAAUCUUUCUUCCAUUCUGCUCAAUCUUCCGUGCAUAACAGGGGCCUUUAUGGUUGCGAAUGUUAUUGGCGACAUAAUUACUGGUGAUGUUGCUGAACCAGAGGUGAUCGUUAGUUCAGGCCCCUCUGUUGGUGGACUGUUAGAUUCAUUGACUGGAAGCAUAGGCAUUACAGCCCGGUCAAAACCUAUCGCUGCGCCUGUUGCAGCCCCAGUUGCAUCAGUUUCCUCGCCUGUAGGUGCUGCUCAGUCAGACUCUUUAAAAGGUGGUAUAAGACCUUUUGACAAGGAAUUACUACGAAGCUUCAUCAUUGGUGCCAUGCCUUUUGGCACACCUCAGGAUCUUAAUUAUGGCAAUGUUUCUUCGAUUAGAACAACUGGGUAUUCAGCUGAUCCUCUUCCGACAGACCAGAAGCAACCUGCCUGGAAACCUUACCUAUAUAAAGGGAGGCAACGGACUCUCUUUUCUAGCCUGGAGACUAUAAACGCUGCACUAUAUGACCGUGAUGAUGUGCCAGAUUUCCUUUCUGUUUCGGGUCAACUAACCUGUAGGGCUGAACUGGAAGGGUUACCUGAUGUUUCUUUGCCACUGACUGGGUUAAAAACUGCCCGUGUGGAGGUAUCAUCAUUCCACCACUGUGUUCAAGCUUCAGAGCCUACUGGUGAUAAGCAAUCUCUGCUAUUUCAACCACCACUAGGAAAUUUCGUUUUGAUGCACUAUCAAGCUCCAUGCAACAUCAAUCCACCUGUGAAAGGGUUCUACCAGUUGUCUAUGGUAUCUGAGAAUGAAGGUGCUUUUCUAUUUAAGCUGAGACUGAUGGAGGGUUACAAGUCCCCGUUUCUUAUGGAAUUUUGCAUGGUUACAAUGCCAUUUCCUCGAAGAAGAGUUGCAUCAUAUGACGGAAAUCCAUCAGUUGGGACGGUUUCAAUGACAGAACAUUUAAUUGAGUGGAGAAUUGUUUCAAGUGGCCGGGGCCUCAGUGGUAGGAGCAUUGAAGCUACCUUCUCUGGUACUGUUAAAUUUCAUCCUAGAACAACGCAACGAGUAAAUUCAUCAUUUCGGUCGGUCGUGACCACUGCAUUUGCUGAAGAUAGUGAUUGUGAGGAAGAUAACGCUAAGAAUGGUGCCAACUUGGAUGACUACCUCAUGGAAAAAAUGAACAAAGACCUUCAAGCAGUUGACUUGGAAGAGCCAUUGUCUUGGCAGGCUUAUAAUUAUGCUAAGGUGUCUUUUAAGAUAGUUGGUGGUACCCUGUCUGGUCUUAUAAUCGACCCAAGAUCUGUAACCGUUUACCCUUCUGUCAAAGCCCCAGUAGAAUACUCAAUGCAGUCGCCUGAAACAAUUCGGGACGUGGAUGUGCAGCCCUGCAGUGGCCUGGUGGGGGAGGCAGUUUGGGUAGGCUGGGGCGGCGAGGCACACGCGGCAGCGUGUGUGGGUGGGGUCUGGGAGGGGGUUCAGGCCUGUGCAGGACUCUGGCUUCCCUCUAGAAUAACUAGUUGA